UAAUUUUUGCAUUAUUAUUAUUUUUAGAUUUAGAAUUAGAUCUAGAUCUAAAUUAGAAAUUUACUUUAUCUAGAUCUACAAAUCUCUAUAUACUUCUAGGUUAAUAGUGUGAAUAGAUUCAGACUGACACUGUCGCUAAACCAAGACUAAGACAGUGUGUAGAUCUACAAGUACGACUUGAAGUUGAACAUCAUCCAACAUGCAAAAAUCAAUAACAUCAUUUUUCAAAAAGGAACCUAAUCCUAACCCAAAAAAUACUUCUAAGGAGUCCAAAAUAUUAUCAGCCACAGAUGUAACAAAAGUAAAAAAGGAGGUAGCAGAAGUGAAAAAGGAGCUAGCAGACGUGAAGACAAAACCUGAUGAAAAUCCUAAAUCAACUAUUAAGGAAGAGAACGGAACAAAGAAAGUUCUAACAAAGAUACAGACAAAAGAUGAAAAGAAAAUUCAACAAACGGAAGAAAAGCAAAGUAGGAGCCCAGUUAGAGAGAAGAAACAAACUGAUAAUAAAGAGGCAACAGAAACAAUCCUUGAUGAUUCACCCAUAAAAGUUAGAAAAAGGUCAAACAAAAAGUGUGUCAUCGAAAGUGAUGAUGAAUGUGAAGAGAUUGUGGAACACAAGAGCGAAGAUAGCGAGAAGGCUAAACCCUCUCCAAAGGCCAUUGAGCAAGACAAAGACAACAAUGUGGCCAUAACACCAAAGACACCUGAAGUCAAGAAAGGAUCUUCUAAUGAAAGUGAUGUAUCUGUUACACCUGAAGUCAAGAAAGGAUCUUCUAAUGAAAGUGAUGUAUCUGUUACACCUGAAAAAACUCCAGGUGGAUUUUAUAAGAGAAAAACAGCUGAGCUCCCAGCUCACACUUUAAGUUCUAGGAAACGAAAAUCUCAAGUGCUCUCCCCUGCUGAAGAUGCCAAAGACAGUAAGAAAUUGAAGCCUGCUCAAGAUGAUGCUGAAGAGAUCUCUGUCAAGGCUAAAAGUGAUAAGAGAAAGGAGUCAAAGCCAGGAAAACAAGAUCGCAAAUUAAAGCAAAGAAAGAGCACUGACAAAGAAAAAGAAGAGAGGGUAGAAGAGGAUAUGGACACAGAGGACAUUGAAAAUCUUGCUGAUGUGAAAAGUGAAUCCAAGGAUGUGGACAGUCCUGAGAAAGUACAGAAACAAUCAAGCCCCCAAGUCAAGAGAAAGUUACUAAAAGAGGAAUUGCCUGUGAAGGAAGAGAAAAGUAACCCUAACCCUAAGACCAAAACCAAUGGAGAUAAAACUGACAAAAAAGAAGAGAAAAAGAAUACUCCAAUCCAUAGUUUUUUUGCUCCACGGAGUGCCAGUAAAACCAGUGCAACUCUUGAUAAAUCUCCAAAUGAAAAGAGUUCUGAUGUUUCUGAAAAAUCUAACAACAAAAGUUUAUCAUUAGAGACAAGCAAAAAGGCUGAGCUAGGAGCAGACUAUGAUCCAUCAAGUAGCAAGUACAAUCCUUUGGAGGAUGCUUUCUGGAAGUGUUCUGAAAAAGUUCCAUAUCUUGCUCUAGCCAGGACAUUGGAGCUCAUAGAAAGUACAUCUUCCAGGUUAAAAAUGAUAGAAAUUAUGUGCAACUUCUUUCGCUCUGUGAUCAUCCUGUCACCUGGAGAUCUCCUGUACUGUGUUUACCUGUGUCUGAACCAACUAGCCCCUGCUUAUAAAGGUGUUGAACUUGGAAUUGGGGAAACUGUCUUGAUGAAAGCUAUUGCUCAAGCCACAGGACGUAAUGUUGAUAAGAUCAAAGAAGAUGCACAAGAGAAAGGAGAUUUAGGUUUAGUUGCUGAGAGCAGUCGCAGUACUCAAAAGAUGAUGAUGGUGCCACCUAGACUUACAGUACCUGGAGUUUUCACUAAACUCAAAGAAAUUGCAUCGAUGACUGGAAAUGCAUCCAUGGCAAAGAAAAUAGAAAAAAUCAAAGGAAUGUUUGUAGCAUGUCGCCUUUGUGAAGCUCGCUACUUGGUAAGAUCUCUUGGAGGAAAACUUCGUAUUGGUUUGGCUGAACAGUCUGUGCUUACAGCCCUUGGUCACGCUCUGUUUCUCACACCUCCAUCCAAAGAGUUCCCUCCAGAGGUUCUAGAUGCUGGUAAAGGUCUCGGGGCUGAAACAUUAAAAAAGAAAUUAGACGAGGCUGCUUUAAUUAUCAAAACAACUUAUAGUGAACUGCCCAGCUAUGAUGCCAUCAUUCCCAUGGUCUUGGAACAUGGUCUGCACAACUUAAGAGCACAUUGUAAAUUAACCCCAGGUAUACCUCUCCGUCCAAUGCUGGCUCAUCCAACAAAAGGUGUCAGUGAGGUGCUCAAACGUUUUGAAAACAUGGAGUUUACCUGUGAGUACAAGUAUGAUGGGGAGAGAGCACAGAUUCAUUAUUUAGAAGAUGGUAAGAUUCACAUCUACAGUAGGAAUUCUGAAGACAACACCAGCAAGUAUCCAGACAUCAUCAAAAGAAUGCCCAAAGUCUUGACAUCUAAAGUCAAGUCUUGUGUCCUUGACACUGAGGCUGUGGCCUGGGAUAUAGAGAAGAAACACAUUUUACCAUUCCAGGUUCUGAGCACCAGGAAACGAAAGGAUGCUGAUGAGAGUCAGAUCAAAGUCCAAGUCUGUGUGUUUGCCUUUGACCUCCUCUACUUGAAUGGGGAAGCGCUAGUUGACCAGCCUUUCCGCAGGAGGAGAGAACUGCUGCACUCUUCAUUCUGUGAGAUAGAAGGAGAGUUUGUGUUUGCCAAGUCUAUGAUAUUAUCCAACACUGAGGAAAUUGAAGGAUUUCUAGAAGAAUCCAUUAAAGGUAAUUGUGAAGGCCUAAUGGUCAAGACUCUAGAUGUGGAUGCUACAUACGAGAUAGCCAAACGAUCUCACAAUUGGUUGAAAUUGAAGAAAGAUUACCUGGAAGGUGUUGGAGAUACUCUAGAUGUGGUGGUGAUAGGAGGAUACCUAGGCACAGGCAAGAGGACUGGCAAGUAUGGAGGCUUCCUCUUGGCUUGUUACGAUGAGGAAAAUGAAGAAUAUCAAAGUAUUUGUAAGAUUGGCACUGGUUUUACUGAUGAGGAUCUGGAGAAACAUUACAAUUUCUUUAAAGAGCAGGUAGUGGAUAAGCCAAAGUCUUACUAUUCCUGGGACUCUGCCCAUGAACCUGAUCACUGGUUUGAGCCAGUUCAAGUCUGGGAAAUCAAAGCAGCUGAUUUGUCCAUAUCUCCAACACAUAGAGCAGCCAUGGGACUUGUUGAAGGUCAGAAAGGUAUAUCUUUAAGGUUCCCAAGGUUUCAGAGAAUAAGGGAUGACAAAAAACCAGAAGAUGCAACAACAGCUUCUCAGGUGGCUGAGAUGUACAAAAAUCAAAGUCAAAUUCAAACACAAGGCAAGGCUAAUGAUGACGAUGAAGAAGAUUUUUACUAAAACAUUUGCUUUUUUUUUUUUUUUUAACAAAAAUUUUUAUUUUGAGAAUCUUAAACACCAAAUCAUUCACUUUGAGAAUCUUAAACACCAAAUCAUUCAUUUUGAGAAUCUAUAUAAUAUUCAAAUACAAUCAAGAGUGGGUUGGGUGUCAGUCCUGGUAUUAAACUGCAAUCUGGGCUACAAACUGUGUGACUUAUGAUGAGCAUACAUUUGUCCACAAGUUUGAUAAUGCACCAAAAACUGAACACUCACAUCAAUGGCUAAAACUUGUGUAUGUAAUUGUACAAUGCAAUUCAUUAGUAAUACUAAGCUCUGCACUUUGUAUUUUAGCUAGGCUAUGUCUUCAUGAAGAACACUGUGUCAGGCUAGUGGUACACUGAUCUAUUUAAACAAAAAUAUUAUUAAUAAAUGGUUUGAGGAGAAAAUAUACAAUCUUUUAUGGGCACUACUAUCACUCAGCAAAUAUUAGAUGGCAUCACCACCAGACCAUUAGGUAAGGACCCACCUGGUAUUAGCCCAAAUGGCAUUUAGCCAAUCUGCCCCUGCCAACAUUCGUUAAAGAACUAAAAAGACAUUUGAUAUAUUUUGCCUACAGUUGAAUGUGUUAUGUUUGAAUUGGUUUUUGAGUGUAUGCACAAUAAUCAUACAUGUGUUUGUUUGGUACAGUUGUGUAAAUGUCCCCCCCCCCCCCUGUUCAUGUUGACAAUGUUGGCUGAUGUCCCCUUGGACUGGAGUGUUCUCUAACCAGCUGUUGUGAUCAUGAAAUUACCCACAGUUCAUUAUGCUGACUUUUUAAUUUGUUUUGUCUACAUGUGUAAAGGGUCAGGGUUUGAUACCAAGUGUGUGGGUAUUUUGAAAACAUGUUGUUUUUUUUCUGUAAGAGGUUGGAAUAUAGGGGGUAAACUUUGUGUUGAAAAUGUUGUUUUGUAUGAGGACAAAUUAUGGUAAUUGUACUAUAGUGAUAGGUAAUUUGAAAUAAAAUUUGAAUUUCUUUUUGA